UGAAAAACCGGCUUGUUAGCACACGCGCUGUUGCCAUGGAAAUGGUUCGCAAAACCCACAACAAACCGUUGAUGGAGGUGACUUCAGUAAUGGAUGUAAGCUAGUUAUGUUAGAAGGUAGUUAGAAAAGCAACGCUAAAUUACAUUCAGCUCGAUCUAGUUGUAUUGUAAGAGUGUUAUUUAUGAAUAAAAGCAACUUGAAUGUGUUUUCAAUAGUAAGGGAUAGUCACACCACGAACAGGAUAGUGCAUAGCUAGAGUUAGCUUUAGCUAACCUGUAGCCUGUAUCAGGCCAGGAUUGAUAGAACUGCGAGCUGAUCUGUAGCAUAACUAACUCGUUAACUAAAAAAAGGAUUUUUUUUUUUUUUGCAAAGGUGUAGAGAUGUCAAGCUCUCCUAGUAACAGGGUUUGAAAGUGAGUGACUCAUGGAUAUAAAAUUGAAAGUGAGUGACUCAUGGAUAUAAAAGCAUUAUUAUUAUUAUACAGAUUUAGGUGAUCAGAUUAAUCAGAAUGCCUGACAGAAUGGACAUACAGAGGACAGUGGUUUAAUGAACUUAAUGAAUGAACUUGAACGUAAUGAACUUAGCUGGAGAAAUAGACCUUUUAGAGAUGGAUAAAGGCAUGGAAGCAUAUGAGCAAAUUCUUGAACUUGGCAGAGGAGGAGCGGGUGUUGUCUUGCUGAUGAGACACAAAGAAACAAAGAAGCUCUAUGCUGUGAAGAAAAUAGAAGUUGAUAACUCUCGAAAAACAAAGUCCAAAGACAACGUACUGCAAGAAGCUGAAAUUCUGAGGAAUCUGAGACACCCCCAUAUUGUGACAUGGAGCAACACUUUCUUUGAUCCAACAAAAGAGCACAUCUGCAUUGCUAUGGAUUACUGUGAUGGUGGGACGCUGGAUGACCAGAUUAAAGGCAGAAAGGCAGAAGAAUAUUUCUCAGAGCCUAUAGUAAUGAAAUGGUUUGUGCAGAUUGUCAUGGCGGUCAGUUAUAUUCAUUCAGUAAGAAUUCUGCACAGAGAUAUUAAGCCCUCCAAUGUACUGCUAACAAAGAGGGGGAUGAUUAAGUUGGGAGAUUUUGGAAUAUCAAAGAUCAUGAACCACACACUGGACAUGGCCUCCACGUGCGUAGGGACACCCAGCUUCCUCAGCCCUGAGCUGUGCCAGGACGUUCCAUACAGCACCAAAUCUGACAUAUGGGCCCUUGGCUGCUUACUGUAUGAGCUUUGUGCACUUAAACCAGCUUUUAUUGCUAAGAAUCUACUGAGUUUGUUUUAUAAGAUUAUAAAGGGUGAAUACAGCCGAGUGCCUGCUAUCUACUCGGAUAACCUUCACACACUGAUCGAGAAGAUGCUGUGCUUGCUUCCUGAGAACAGACCGAGUGCUAGCUGCAUCCUGGCCAUGUCCUGUGUGCAGGAACAUCUGGAACUGUUUAUUCAGCAUCAGGAGACAGAACUGACAAAGGUUAGUGCUGAUCCCAUACCUGCUGAGAGUGAAGAUGUCACACUGACCUGCAACGACACUGUUUGUAUUGAAGUGCCUGAUCUGCAUGAAGCUGAGAACAUGGAAGAACAUGGCCAAGCACCUGUUAUUGUAGAGGACGAGGUGACACAUGCAGGGACCGAGUCCGAAUAUUCAGAAGACUUUGAUGAAAAUGACAGUAUGUCGUCCAUUGAAGAUUAUUCAAAGGAGAAUUCUUCCUCUAGUUUAGAGCAUGCAGGAGUUGCAGAAGAGCUGCAUGUUCUCCCUGAAGAUGUGGAUGCUACUGAGUACCCAGAUGACUUUGAGGACGAGGACGAAUUGGCUGAAGUGGUGAGCUGCGCUCGAAAUGCCAUGCAGACCCUUUCAGGAGGUGAUUCUCUUGAGCUGAAAGACAGCGGUGGUCCACUGGUCACUGUGAGGACUCUGAGAGAGAAGUAUAUUGAGGAUGUUGGUCCUUUACUUUAUGAAGAGAUCAGUGAACAUUUUGUGAACGGCUUGAAACCAGAGGACCUUCAGCCACAGUUCCAGCACAUGGUAGGGACCGACCAUCUGGAGACCUGCUACCUCAUAUUCAACAUUGACCAAGAGACCACGUGUUGACCAUGCAGCCUUCUUAAAGACCUUAAAACUGGCAAAUAUGACAAUGUUUCAGAAGUCAUAGCAACACAUAGGAAUACUCACUUUGAUCAAAUUAUCUAUGAAAAAUAAGAAGAAACCUGAGGUAAAAAAAAAACUUCCACUAUAUAUUUAUUGUACUCCUCUAAUAUAAUAAGCAUAUAUGAUUUAUACUAAAAUAUAUAGUGUAGCUGAUAUUUUGAGUGAUUAAGUUUUUUCAUGUGUAUGAGCACACAGGUAUAUUUAUGGGUGUCAUAUCCAAUGUACUAUAUCUUAUUACCAGCAGAUGGCAGUCUAUAGACAGAAAAUGAAUUGGAAAAAAGAGGCUUUGAGUGUGCUGUCUUUUGGGUGUAUUUUGUUUUCCUGUAUUUAUUACUUAUCUUGGCAAAUGGUUGCUUCUGCUGUUAAUAUGAUGAUGAUGAUGAGUAGUAACAGUGAGGAGAAAGUGGCCUAAAAAGAAGAAAUACUGCCUGAUACUGAUACAGAGCGAGAUUUAGUAACAUAAACACAGUGCGUUUUAUGAUUUUAAUCAAAUGAAAGUAAGUUAAACAGUAUACCAAACUGUCAUUACCAAUUUAUGAAUAAAAAUGCUUUAGCUGUUAAUUUGUCAUCUGCCACAAUAAAAGUCAUGUGAUCAUGGUA